AUAUGAAAUUGACGGUCAAUUUCUUGCAAUGGCGAUGGGUAAAUUGUACCGCAUUUUUGAAAAGUCAAAUCCACCAAACCCAUAUAGCGUUUUAAUGGAACAAAGAAAUAGAGAAGAAACACUUAUGUUUGAAUCUCAAGCUAUUGCUGUACUAUGAUCAAGCCAACAUGUUCAUGCCAUCAGGAGCCAGCCAAAAUGAUCAUGCCAUCAGGAUCCAGCCAACAGGUUCAAGUCAUCAGAAUCCAGCCAACAGGAUCAUUCCAUCAGAAUCAAGCCAACAGGAUCAUGCCAUCAGGAUCAAGCAUUCAGGAUCCAGCACCACAAGAAACUGAGUCAGUAAAAAGAAAUUAUGUGAAAUUGUUAGAUGCUUAUGGUUGCCUUGGCGUGCUGCAAUUAAUUGUUGGCGAUGGCUCUGUCUUGUACUUGGUGCUGGUGACUGGUUGCAUUUCUGUUGGCAAAUUGGCUGAUUCAGAAAUGUUCCGCAUCACUCAGACGACCUUUAUUUCACUCCGUAACCAGGCACAAGAUGAAGACCGCAUCGUUGAAGUUAGAAAAGUGUUGAAUUCAGGAACAUUUUAUUUUUCAUGGUCAACUUCUGAAUCAACUUUAGAUUUAACACUUUGUGCUCAACGCAGAGUAAAAACAACAAGAACAGACAAUAGAUUUUUUUGGAAUCGCAUGCUACACAUACACUUCUUAAGAUUUGGCAUUGAUUGUUCCCAGUGGUUGUUGAAAGCAAUGUGUGGCAAUGUAGAAGUCCGAACAGUUUAUGUUGGUCAUCGACAGGCUCGUACAGUGAUCAUAUCACGAUUAAGCUGCGAGAGAGCAGGCACCAGGUUCAAUGUUAGAGGCUGCAAUGAUGAUGGACAUGUUGCUAAUUUUGUUGAGACAGAACAAGCAAUACAUUUGGAUAAAGAUGUAACAUCUUAUAUUCAAACACGUGGGUCAGUGCCAUUAUUUUGGGAGCAACCAGGAGUCCAGGUUGGUUCUCACAAGGUCAAAAUGUCCAGAGGGUUUGAAGCAUCAGCACCAGCAUUCAACCGGCACUUGAUUUCGUGUAAAAAGCGCUAUGGAAGCCAAGUAAUCGUUAACUUACUUGGUUCAAGUUUAAUUGGAAAUAAAGAAGGAGAAGCAGUAUUGAGUCAGUUGUUUCAGGCCCAUCAUAAAGCAUCUGCAAUUGCUUCUAAUUUUGGUCAUAUUGUAUUUGACUACCAUCAAGAAUGUAGAGGUGGAAACACAAAAAACCUUGCAAAAUUGAAAACAAAACUGGAGAAAUACAUGGAACUCUUUUCCAUUUUCCACAUCAUUGGAGAUGCACAAUUAAGUGUGCAGAAAGGAACAUUACGUACUAAUUGUUUGGAUUGCCUUGAUCGUACAAACUGUGUACAAACUUUCAUUGGUUUAGAGACACUGUCCAGUCAAUUGCAGGCAUUAGGUUUGAUGGAAAAACAACAGAUUGUCUCUCGAUUUGAAGAAGUGUUUAGACAAAUGUGGAUCAAUAAUGGUAAUGAGGUGAGCAAAAUUUAUGCUGGAACUGGUGCAAUUCAAGGAAGUUCAAAGCUGAUGGAUGGAGCACGCUCAGCAGCUCGCACCAUUCAAAAUAACUUGCUUGAUAACAGCAAACAAGAGGCAAUUGAUGUGCUCUUAUUGGGAAGCACGUUGAAUAGUGAAUUGGCAGACCGUGCACGCAUUCUCCUUCCUUCGUACAUGUUGCAUGCUCCAACAAGUGUACUCCGAGAAAUGUGCAAGAGGUUUGCAGAGUUUACCUUUACUUCAAAUGCUCGUGUAGCUGUUGGGACGUACAAUGUUAAUGGAGGAAAACAUUUCCGAAGCGUGGUAUACAAGGAUGUGUCUCUUUCUGAUUGGUUGUUGGAUGCUUCAAGUUUGGCCAAAACACAAUCUUUGGUUGAUGUGACACAUGGCCUUGAUGACGAUGUUCCUAAAGACAUCUAUGCAAUUGGCUUUCAGGAAAUUGUGGAUUUAAAUGCUGGGAACAUCAUGGCUGCAAGUUCAGAAAAUGCCAAAGCAUGGGGUGAAGAGUUACAAAAGGUGCUGUCUCGAAAUCAGCAAUAUGUGAUGAUUACUUAUGUACAACUUGUUGGUGUGUGUUUGUACCUGUUUGUUCGUCCUGAACACACGCCUUAUAUUAGAGAUGUAGCUGUUGAUUCAGUCAAAACUGGUUUGGGAGGUGCUACUGGUAAUAAAGGAGCAGUGGCAAUCAGAUUUGUGUUUCAUAGCACAUCUCUUUGUUUUGUUUGUGCUCACUUUGCUGCGGGACAGUCACAAGUGUCUGAGAGGAAUGCAGAUUAUGCAGAAAUUACAAGAAAAAUUACAUUCCCAAUGGGACGUACGUUAAACUCGCAUGAUUACGUCUUCUGGUGUGGGGAUUUCAACUAUCGUGUUGAUAUGGGCAAAGAUGAAAUGAAGGAGCUCAUAAGGAGAAAUGAAUUUGAGACAAUUUUGCAGCAUGAUCAACUCCAGAUGCAGAAAGCGGCAGGAAAUGUGUUCAAAAACUACGUUGAAGGAAAUAUCACAUUUCCUCCUACUUACAAGUACGAUUUAUUUUCUGAUGAUUAUGAUACUAGUGAAAAAUGUCGUGCCCCUGCGUGGACUGACAGAGUUCUGUGGAAACGAAGAAAACACAUACCAGAUGCAGAUUUGCCGCCUGAUUGGGAUAAUGGGAAGUUGGUUCACUACGGACGAGCAGAGUUGAAGCAAAGUGACCACCGACCUGUGAUUGCCAUUAUUGACAUCGACAUUUUUCAAGUUGAUGAUAUUCUCAGGUGCAAAGUGUUCAAGGAUGUGAUAAAGGAUUUGGGCCCUCCGGAUGCAACUGUUGUUAUUCAGAUAGAACAUCAGUGUGGAAGUGACGAAGUAUUUGAUGACAACUUUAUAAUGGCACUCUUGCAAGAGUUGAGCCAAAUUGGUGAAGUUAUACUUGUUCGGUUUGUUGAGAGUACUAUAUGGGUCACAUUUAGAGAUGGACAGUGUGCACUUGUGGCUGCCAAUAGGAAGACUGCUGAGGUAUGUGGCACCAAACUUUGCAUAAAUCUUAAGACACCAGAUUGGUGUGACAAUGCAAACAAAGAAAUUGAACUUUGUACAGAUAACACUGUACCUUUGUUUGAAAGUGACAACAUGAGGGACAAUGAUUAUAAUGAUCCACAAUCUGAAUGCAUGAGUGGUGUUGCUAGCCAAAUGUCUGUGGGAAGCUUUAACAAAGGAAUGCAAAAUAAGGUUUCAGAGCGACCAGCUCCGCCAAAUAGACCUCCUUUGCCAAUGACUAACAAGGUUACAGCAGUGCCUGCUCAGACAAGCAAGCAAGUGUCAAAGGCUGGAAUCAUAAAUGUUCAUUCACUGACUGCAGCUAUGGUAAAUACUACUGUUACUCCUGAAGAGCCUGUUCUAGAGCAAGAAAAAUCUUUAUCUAGAGAAGAUACACCUGCAAUUUAUGAAGAAAUUCAUGAAGGUGCACUGAACAAACCUUCAAAAUCACCUGUACUACCUGUUCCAUUUGCUGAAUCCCAAAAUGAUGGCAGUACACCCCCACCUUUGCCUCACCGUCAGUUUCCUGUGUUACCACCUCGGCACCAACCUCCUCCGAUCCCAGACAGAACAGCCCCACCACCACCGGUACCAUCUAGAACAGGCAUUCCACCUCCAGUUCCUGCUAGGACAGCACCUAGCGUAACUCGAAAGUCAAAUACUUGAAAUUAUACAUCAUUAGGUAAAUGUAUAUUUGUGCACUAUAGGUUUAUAUUGACUAACAGAAGGUUUAUAUUGAUUACCAGGAUAUUAAGUGACUCUUCAGUAAAAUUAUAUUGAAAUGCAAAUACAUUUUGAAAUUUUAGCUGAAUAGUCACAAAAAAUGAUAUUACAGUAUCUAUAGUUAGUUAUUUAUUGUGUCUAGAAAAAUGUAAUUAUAUAGGUACCACUGUGAUUGUAUGCGUAAAAUAUUUUUUUUUU